UGCCGGAAGUGGCGGCGUAGUGGCGCAGAGGCAGACGGUGAGAACUUGAGCUGAGCGACUUUUUUUUCCUCCUCCUUCUUCUUUCCGUGGUUCUUCUUCUUUGGGUUUUUCCCCCGGAACCUCUGAGUUUGUUGCUUCGGAGCCGACGAAGGAAGAGAGCUGGAGGAACUUCCGGAUCUUUUCCAGUUUCUUCAGAGCUCGAUCACCAGUCACUUUGUCCUGCAGCAGCCAUGAAUCACCACAUGAAUCACCACAUGAAUCACAGCACCAUGGCCCCGCCCACCAGCUCAGAGCACGACCACGGCUCUGGAGGAGGAGGAGGGGAAGGAAACCAUGGAGGUCACAUGAUGAUGAUGACAUUUUACUUCGGCUACAAUAACGUGGAGCUGCUGUUCACCGGUCUGGUCAUCAACUCACCUGGAGAGAUGGUGGGGGCAUGUAUUGGUGUCUUCCUAUUGGCCGCCCUGUACGAGGGGUUGAAGAUUGGCCGUGAGGUUCUUCUGCGUCGCAGUCAGGUCAACGUCCGUUACAACUCCAUGCCACUCCCCGGGGCUGAUGGGACAGUGCUGAUGGAGACGCACAAGACGGUUGGCCAACAUUUGGAGGGGGCGGUGCCUCCUGUCAUGAGUAACUCCCGCUUCGUGGAAUUAUUUCCCAGGCAGCGCAUGCUGAGCCCCGCCCACUUCCUACAGACCCUGCUGCACAUCAUCCAGGUGGUCGUCAGCUACUUCCUGAUGCUCGUCUUCAUGACCUACAACGGUUACCUCUGUAUUGCUGUGGCAGCUGGUGCUGGCAUGGGCUACUUCCUGUUUAGUUGGAGAAAGGCGGUGGUUGUUGACAUCACAGAACACUGCCAUUAGCAUUCAUGCUAUUUAGCACUAUGAAUGCUUGCUAACACUCAGUAUUAGCAUGCUGGCCUGUGUGCUAAUAGAACUAAACACCAAGUUAGCUAAUUAGCACGACACACAUUACAGCAUUACCUGGUAAAAAUGGUAACGUCACAUCAUACUGUAGUUGGCAACAAACGACAAGCUAGUUGUCUUCUGAUUGGCCAAUUCACUUUUUUUCCCCUUUUUGUUAGUUUAGCAUCGUUAGCAGCUCAUUAGCUGGGCCACCAAUCAGAAGGCCCGAUGUAAUCAGUUUUUUGACUACUAGGAAUUGAUUGAUUAGGAGCUGUUUUGAUUGGUUGUAUGUACAGAGCAAAUCAAAAGUUUGUUUUUUUUUUUUUUUGGUUAAAUUUUACUUCCUGUUUACAUUUUAAGAUAUUUAGAAAAUUAUUAUUAUUAUUAUUGUUAUUAUUAUCUGAAUCAGCCAGUCAGAGCUCGAUGUUGAUCAAAUGAAAUUUUAGCUUUUGUUUUUGUCAGAAGCUGUCACCUGACUUUGUUUUAAAUUGAAGCAUCAUGAUCUGUUUGGCCAGUUGAGUCACCGUCGGCCUUAACGCCGCUGCCACCUGCUGCCUUACUGCUGACCGAAGGUGGGGGCGGAGCCUCGGCUUGUUUCACUUCACUUGAAGUCGACAUCUUAGCACUUGCCACAUGUGCUGAUGAUGACAUAAGAACGUCUCUACUGUUGUGAUUACUUUAUUUUUGAUGGUUCACACUGAGGAGGGUGGAGUUUAUAUUCUGGACCAAUGGGAUCGCAGGAACAGGUCAGUUGCUGGAUUUAAAGUCCAACUCCAGCAAAAAGUAUGUGGACAUAAUUUUUGUCACAGGCUUUUUAGCGUGAGCACUUCUGGUGCACUGCCUGAGGCUGUGUGGGACCAGCUGGUGUGAUCUCGUCUUGUGUUUUAUGACGUGAACCCUGUGAAGGAAACUGUUUUAUGUGAUCGUGUUUUAAAUGCUGGAAUCAGUAAAAAACUGAAUAAAGUUUAAGUAGAAACUUG